UGUCAAUUUUUGCAGCUCCAAAAAAAUUUAAAAUUUUUAAAAAUUUUCGGCCAACGCCUUUCUAAAUUCUCCAAUCCAAGGAAACCCGGGCACCAUGCUCACCUCAAAGCUUCGCCUCCGCCCAGGACUGAUGCGACUCAGCAGUCGCUGUUACAAUUGGGGAAACUACGAUGCGAGUUCUGGGGAGUGCUGUAAGAUGCGCGACAAGGAGACCACCGAGUGCAGCCCGGAAAUAUGCCCCCUCGACGACCUGCCGAACAACUGCUACGAGAGAUCCCCUUCGCACAGGAGGCAGUACUCCAAGUACCUGCAGGAGAUCUACUUGCGGGGAAAGCCAGAUCCCGACUGCGCGCUCAAGCUGAUCCGCCACGACGAACUCCACUACAAGCCGUCGGACAAGCACCGAAAGUUCCAGCGAACCUGGCCCGAAUGCCCGCUCAUUUGGCUCCGGCCCAAGGAUGUGUGCUGUCCCAAUCCGGAGAAAUAUCCCCCCAUGAAGCGGCGCGUUCGUCCCCCGCAGCAACCGCCGUUGUCGGCCAUCGAAAGGCACCUCUUCCAAAUGGAUCUAUUCUGCAAAGCAGUUCUCAAGGCUCCAGGUUGCAGGCAGAGCCGCAGGCCUCCCAAGUGCAAGCUGCCUCCCUCCCCCUCCGAUUGCUGCAAGAAACCCGCCCCAAUGCCCAGUUUCUCGGAGGCCUGUCGCCAUUUGAUCCCGAGGUAUUGUGGCAUCGAGUGCUCUUGUCACGGGAUUCCCAGUGCAUGCGAAGCACUGAACGCUUACCAACGGUGGAACAAAUCGCGAAGGAGCUGCAUUAAGCCCCUGAUUGGAUACUCUCCCUACAGAUCUAAGAUGCGCUUUCCCUUCUAAAUGU